CUUCGAUCGGAAUAAAACAGCUCAGGCUGGGAUCUGAAUCCAAAUUAAACCUCCUGCCGCAGCAUGCAACCUCUUUGUAGCUCUGCAGAUUUGGACACGGUUGGGUGCUGAAGUAAGUGCAGCACGAAUUGGAACAGGGUUUUCUGCGCACACCAGUUUCUGGAGCUUGCAGCGGGAAACCACACGAUCGGGUUUCGUUUUCUUAAAGACUUUAUUGAGGAUAAUUGCAAGGUGAACGGAAGGGUGUGCGUGCGUCUGUGUGUAUGUUCGUUUAUUACUUCUGUAGUGGGACGGAGAGGAUUUGAGUGUCGGUGUUUUCAUCAUGUCAGCCUCUCGAAGCUGUUUGUGAUGAAUCCAGAAAUCAACAGGUACCGCUCGGGCAUGGAUUUGAUGUUGCUGCUUCUCCUGCUCUUCUGGGCUCGGGCCGCUGCUGUGAUUAAUUUGAAGUACUCUGUGGUGGAAGAGGAGAGAGCCGGGACGGUUAUCGGCAACAUAGCGAAAGACGCCGGCUUCUCAACUUGGGAGCAGCCGGUGCCUCUCUUUCGCGUCUUGUCCAACUCGGCGCCGCAUCUGGUGGAGAUCAAUCCGUCGAGCGGUUUACUCGUGACCAAGCAGAAGAUCGACCGAGACCUGCUGUGCGGACAGAACCCCAAAUGCGUGAUCUCGCUGGAGGAGAUGGUGAACUCCAUGGAGAUCUGUGUAGUCAAAGUGGAGAUCCUGGACAUCAACGACAACUCGCCCAGCUUCCCCACCGAGCAAAUCGAUCUGGAGAUCUCAGAGACGGCCAGCCCGGGCACCAGGAUCCCCCUGGAGAGCGCUUACGACCCCGACUCCGGGGACUUCGGAGUGCAGACUUACGAGAUAACGCCCAACGAUUUGUUCGGCUUGGAAAUCAAGAGCCGGGGAGACGGUUCUCGCUUCGCCGAGCUGGUGGUGGAGAAAGCGCUGGACAGGGAGGUCCAGUCUCACUACAGCUACAUGAUCACGGCUCUGGACGGGGGUAAGCCCCCGAAUUUGGGUACGGCCCAACUCAACAUCAAAGUCAUCGACUCGAACGACAACUACCCGGUGUUUGAGCAGACGGCUUACACGGUCAACGUACUGGAGAACGCGCCGGUCAACUCGCUUGUUAUCGACCUGAACGCUUCGGACCCGGACGAGGGGACGAACGGAGAGAUCGUCUAUUCCUUCAACAGUUACGUGUCGGACAAGACCAGGCAACUUUUCAAAUUGGAGCCCCGAACCGGGGCCAUCACAGUGAGGGGCAACAUAGACUACGAAGAGGGUAGUAUCUACGAGAUCGACGUGCAGGCGAAAGACCUGGGACCCAAUUCUAUCCCGGCCCACUGCAAGGUGACGGUGAACGUGGUGGAUGUGAACGACAAUGUCCCCGUUAUCACUUUAUUCUCGGUCAAUAGCGAGACGGUGGAGGUGAGCGAAGCCGCCCCUCCCGGCUACGUGAUCGGUCUGGUCCGGGUCUCCGACCGGGACUCCGGCGCUAACGGCAGGGUCCAGUGCAAACUUUUAGGCGACGUCCCUUUCAAACUGCAGGAGUACGAGAGUUUUUACACCAUCCUGGUGGACGGCAGGCUGGAUCGAGAGCAGAGGGACCUCUACAACCUCACUAUCCUGGCCAAAGACGGUGGCUCCCCCUCGCUCCAAUCCACCAAAUCCUUCACCGUCAGGAUUACGGAUGAAAACGAUAACCCCCCUCACUUCACCAAACCUUUUUACCAGGUCAGCGUUCGGGAAAACAACACCCCGGGUUCGCACCUCCUCUCCGUUUCCGCCAGGGAUGUGGAUUUGGGGUUGAACGGGAGCGUUUCCUACCAGAUUAUCCCGUCGCAGGUGAAGGACAUGCCCGUCUUCACCUACGUGUCCAUUAACCCCACCUCGGGGGACGUGUAUGCACUGAGGUCCUUCAACUACGAGCAGACUAGGUCGUUCGAGUUUAAGGUUAUGGCCAAAGACGGCGGGAACCCCGCCCUAGAAAGUAACACCACAGUGAAGGUGUUUGUAUUGGACGUCAAUGACAAUGUCCCCAUUAUAACUGCGCCGCCUUUGGUUAAUGGUACGACUGAUGUCUACAUCCCCAGAAACGUAGGCUCUGGCUACUUGGUGACAGUGGUCAAAGCUGAUGACUACGACGAAGGUGACAACGGUCGCUUGACUUACGGCAUCGUGGAUGGCGAUCGGGGCUUCUUCGAGAUGGACCAAACGAGUGGGGAAAUCAGAACCACCAGAAGUUUCGGGGAUGGGGCUGAGACCAACUAUGAACUGAUCGUGGUGGCACAGGACCAGGGAAAGUCUGCCCUCUCCGCCACUGCGUUGAUCGCCGUCUAUCUCUCCCCUGCUUUAGACGCCCGGGAAUCGACAGGGUCCUUGAAUUUAUCCCUAAUCUUUAUAAUUGCCCUGGGCUCCAUUGCUGCAAUCCUCUUUGUGACCAUGAUAUUUGUGGCGGUCAAGUGUAAGCGAGACAACAAGGAGAUCAGGACGUACAACUGCAGGGUGGCGGAGUACUCUUAUGGACAGCAGAAGAAACCGAAGAAAAAGAGUAAGAUCAACAAGAAUGAUAUCAGACUGGUGCCCAGAGACAUGGAGGAGACUGAUAAGAUGAACGUGGUCAGCUGUUCUUCCCUCACCUCCUCCCUGAACUACUUCGACUACCACCAGCAAACUUUGCCCUUGGGUUGUCGCAGGUCGGAGGCUACCUUUCUAAAUGUGGAGAAUCAGAAUUCCAGGAACGCCAGUGGGAACCACGUGUACCACACUUUCACUAAUACCCAGAGCUCCCAACAGCAGCCGGAUCUCAUCAUCAACGGGAUGCCGCUUCCAGAGUCAGAAAAUUACUCUAUCGAGUCAAGCUAUGUAAACAGCAGACAGCAUCUGAUUAAAAGUAGUUCCACAUUCAAGGACCUGGAAAGAAACAGUCUCAAGGACAGCGGACAUGAGGAGAGUGACCAGACCGACAGCGAGCAUGAUGCACACAGGGGUCUGUGCUGUGACACGGCUAUCAAUGAAGUAUUGAAUACAACACUCAAUUCCACCGGCUCUCAAGUACCUGAACAAGAUCAGAAUGAAGGCUUUACCUGCAUGGAAGAAUGCCGGAUCUUAGGGCACUCAGACAGAUGUUGGAUGCCAAGGGUUGCAGUGUCAAGCUGUGCCAAGUCACCUGACCAUGGCAGAAAUGUUAUUGCACUGUCCAUAGAGGCCACCAGUGUGGACUCUGAACCCUAUGAGAAUGGCUGUUCAAAGAGAACUUUUGCAACUUUUGGAAAAGACCCGAGAGAUCGCACAGCUGAGAAUGAUAAAACAGAUUUGAAAGGAAAGAGGACAUUUGAUCUACCUGUCUGCAGCCCCAAAUUGAAUGGUUCCGUCUCUAGCAGUCAGGAAACAAGCAACGGUAUUGACAUUUCAAGUCCUGCCAGCACGCCUGUGCAUUUAAGCAGCCCCUCUUCUAACAGGCCUCCAGUCACAUAUUCUGUGAUGCACUGCCCCGUAGCACAUGACCUCAAUCAACCUGCCAAUCAGGCCUCCUCACAUCCAUCUGAGCCAGGAUCCCGGGAGGCAGACUCAGAGCAUGUCCGAGACAUCAACCAUCUUGUGCACGAUUGCCGAGAGAAAAACUUGACGGGAGUUAAACGAAUACAAGACAUUGUGCUGUGAUCAGUGGGUACCACCCGCAAUACAGAUAAAUAUUAGCACCGUGACAGUUUGUAAUUUGCCUUCCUUUGGUUUUGUGUAUGGCUGUAUUUAAC